CGCGCGCGGGUCAGAGGUCGCAGGCCUCGGAGGCCCCGCCUCCCGGCGCCGGCGGCUUCCGGCUUGAGUUACUCCUGGAGCCUCAGAAGCGUGAGUCAAGUGCGGCGUGAAGCCGUCACAGGAAAUAAUUAACCAUGGUGCUCAAUGGCGUUGAUAAGAUGAUUCAGCUUCAGAAAAACACUGCCAACAUCAGGAAUAUCUGUGUUUUGGCUCACGUUGACCAUGGGAAAACUACCCUUGCUGAUUGUCUUAUAUCGAGUAAUGGAAUCAUCUCCACCCGUCUGGCAGGCAAGUUAAGGUACAUGGACAGCAGAGAAGAUGAACAGGUCAGAGGGAUCACCAUGAAAUCCAGUGCCAUUUCACUACAUUACGCAGAAGGUAAUGAGGAGUACCUGAUUAAUCUGAUAGACUCUCCUGGACAUGUGGAUUUCUCCUCAGAAGUAUCAACAGCGGUUCGCAUUUGUGAUGGAUGCAUCAUUGUGGUGGAUGCUGUGGAGGGAGUCUGUCCACAGACACAGGCAGUUCUGCGACAAGCCUGGCUUGAAAACAUCCGUCCUGUUUUAGUGAUUAAUAAGAUAGAUCGCCUGAUAGUGGAGCUAAAAUUCAGCCCACAAGAGGCCUACUCUCACCUGAAGAAUAUCUUAGAACAGAUUAACGCACUUACAGGAACUCUUUUUACUUCUAAAGUCCUAGAAGAAAGAGCAGAGAGAGAGACAGAGUCCCAGGUGAAGACCCAUUCUGAACAAGGAGAUCAAGUGUAUGACUGGAGCGCUGGCUUGGAGGACGCCGAUGACUCUCAGCUGUACUUCUCUCCAGAGCAGGGCAAUGUGGUGUUUACCAGUGCCAUAGAUGGCUGGGGCUUUGGCAUUGAGCACUUUGCCAGAAUCUAUAGUCAAAAAAUUGGCAUCAAGAAGGAAGUUCUUUUGAAGACCCUGUGGGGAGAUUAUUAUAUAAAUAUGAAGGCUAAGAAGAUUAUGAAAGUUGAUCAGGCCAAAGGAAAGAAGCCCUUAUUUGUUCAGUUGAUCCUGGAAAACAUUUGGAGUCUGUAUGAUGCGGUCUUAAAAAAGGACAAAGAAAAAAUUGAUAAAAUUGUGACUUCUUUAGGAUUAAAAAUUGGAGCCCGGGAGGCACGACAUUCAGAUCCUAAAGUCCAGAUCAAUGCCAUUUGCAGCCAGUGGCUCCCCAUAUCCCACGCUGUUCUCGCUAUGGUGUGUCAGAAACUGCCCAGUCCUCUUGACAUGACAUCUGAGCGAGUGGAGAAACUGCUGUGCACAGGAUCACAGACCUUUGAGUCUCUUCCUCUGGAAACCCAGGCCCUGAAAGCAGCUUUUAUGAAAUGUGGAAGUGAAGAUACUGCUCCAGUUAUUAUCUUUGUUUCCAAAAUGUUUGCAGUUGAUGCAAAAGCCUUGCCUCAGAAUAAGCCAAGGUAAGAAAAAGGGGGAAGUU